UGUUUGCGUUUGAAAUCAGACGGGUUUUCCACAGUUAAUUUAGGUUUCUCAGUGUCGUAGUGUGAUCCAAUUUCGAUAAAUUCACGGUCUUUAAGCAGACUACGCGUUUGAGGAGCAGUCUACGGCUGGUUUACGUUUAAUGACGGUUCUUUAUUUCUUCACUCAGACAUCUUGACGCGUUUAUACAGCGAGUGAUGUUGCCUUGGCUGACAAUGGCAUCUUUAAAGCCGCCCAAGCAGACUUCAACUAAUGUGACAGCAUCAAAGAUCAAGCACAAGAUCCUCAACACGUCCUCCUUCUUCAAGGUCUCUUUGAAGACCAACAACAAGGCCUUAGCUGUUGCUCUGGGGGUUGAGAAGGAGAGGAGAAGGCAGCUGGAGGUGGCCAUUGUACACUAUCAGAAACAGGUGGAGGCACUGUGCUUCGAGCUGGCCGCCAAGAAAUACAAGCAAAGGAAACUGCUCCUCAUCUUGGAGGCCCUCCGUAGCAACACUCUGCAGCAUUUGGACAUGGUGGAUGUGUUGUUCUCUGAUGGCAAUAAACUACCUGUGGACAACGAGAUCUUAUCUGGUGGCAUCGACAAAGAGAAUCUUUUAGUAGAAAGUCUUACAGAUGUGCAGCCACCUCAGCCAGAAAUGGCACAACCUGUGUUGUGUCAUUUCCAAAAAGAAACAGCGGACUUUCCCGAAAAAAACUCAUGUUUAAACGUUGCUAAUAUCCUGAACAUACCCAGAAAGUCCACAGAUGCUUUCAAUGAUAACAGAGAUUCAGAGAAAAGGCGUUCAAGUCGGCUUAUACAGAUUCCCCAGACAGGAACAUCCGGUCCGCGGAGCAGCCUGAGGGAAGAAGUGGAGAGGCUGUCUGCGAUGUUCUCACAACCUGUGCUUGAUAUGAAGUCAAUCCUCUGUUUACAGAAAACCCAACACUCAGCUGUAAGCACAUGUGAAAAACCCCAACCAUCUCUUUCGGAUGACGUUCCCCUUCCAAGUAGCUCAGUCAUGGAAACCAAACCACAAGAGAAGACUGUGCUUCUGAAUACAACAAUGGAAAUGACGGUAAGUGAUUCUACGGAGAUAGUCAUGGUGGAAACCAAAGCUAAGAAAAAAGCGAGCUCUGCAAAGCCAAAAGCCAAGAAGGAUAAGGAACAAGCCUUUGGGUCAAGUGCAGCGGAGAACCAACAAGAAAAGAUCUCUGCAGAUUUGAGGUCGAGUGAAGUUCAGAGUGCUCCCACUGGGACUUUGUUAGAGAGAGAAGGCCCUGCACUACAUGAUAUAAGAAGCCCAGAUGAUAUUGAGCUUCCAUUUCCCAAACCACUGGGUAGGAGCGGCAAUAACUCUCGCAUUCCCAAACCGAGCAAGAGCAAGUUGGGACCUGGAAACCAUAAGAAAAUGGAAAUGGACAAACAGAAAUCCCAUGACCAUAAGUCAAAAGCAGAGUCCAAUGGAAUUAGCAGAUCGGAUCUGGGUGAUUAUUUCACAGAUCCUGAUUUUGAAUACUCAAAAUCCGCCAAAGGUGUAAACAUAACACCAGAAAGGAACGGAUGA